AUGGUGAAAUGGUGCUUGAAACACGGUGCAAACAUUGACUGUCAUUAUGAAGAUAUGCUGACACCACUGCAUAUAGCUGCAGAGAAAGGUCAUGAAGAAAUGCUCGAUAUUCUUCUCAAACACAGCAACAAGUGUAUUGACUCGAAAACAUUGUUUGGAGACACAGCACUUCUGAUUGCCACACAAAAUGAACAUAAAAUGAUUAUGAAAACACUAUUAGACAAAGGAGCAAAUGUGAACUGUAUGGACAUUUUUGGCAGGACGCCUUUACAUGUGGCUGUUUUUAAAAAGAAAUCUGGCAUUGUAAAAAUAUUGAUAUCUUAUGGUGCAAGAGUCAACACUAUGGAUACAUUUGGGGAACAUGCACUAUGUACAGCAGUCAUUACAUCCCCAAAUCCACCUGUCACAUAUGCUCUUCUGAAGAAUGAGGCAAAUAUCAACUGCAUUAACAGUCAAGGAAUGAGUCUGCUUUCUGAAGCUAUUCUAUCAGCACACACAAAGUCAAGUAUUGAUGCAAUAAAAAUGCUGUUGCGUCAUGGGGCUAGUGUAAACAUGCGCAACACUAUCAAUGGGCAGACACCUCUACAUGUUGCUGCGCAGACUGGCAAUCAGCCCAUUGUUGAGCUCCUGGUAGCAUCAGGAGCUGAUACAAAAGUAAAAGACCACCAUGGCCGUACACCCCGAGAUACAGCUAAACAGUAUGGUCAUCCUGAACUUGUAGAGAAGAUGAGAGCUGUGCGUUUCAUAAAUCCUCGGACUGGUCUGCUUCAUAUUUCACCUUCUGUGCUGUUUCUGCAGUUAUACAGACUGCAAGAUCAUCUGCAAAUAAAAAGAGUUCUGAAUGAAAUUUUAGAUGAAGAUUCUGACACGGGGAGUGAACGUGAAUAUAAGGAUGGUGUUAUGGAGUAUGAUUCAGAUCGGGAAAGUGAUCUGGAUGUUAGAGAAGAUGAAGAUAGCGCAGCUUCAGGCAGUCACCAUGAGGAUGUUAUUGUGGCCAUAUCUGGAAGAAGAUACGUAACCACACAGUCUAGAAUUCCUCAGAGGUCUGUUGCUAAUAUGGUAAGAGAGCAGGCAGGAGUAACUCCAGCUGGUGUUUGCCAUUCACCUGGACAAGCCUUGAAGUUACUUCUUACGCCUGACAUCAUGGAUGUUAUAGUAAAACAUUCAAAUGAAGAGGUAGUUAGGCGAAAUGUUACUUUGACUUAUGAGACAUAA